UUUCCUCAAAUUGAGCAACCCCGGUAUGCAUGACAUCUCUGAUCUGACCACCGUAGUUGACGAGUGCGGUCACAGUGUAUUCAAAGGGAACGUGGCGACGGCCUGUAUGAUGGUGGCCCUGAUUUGCACAGCACUCACCAUGCUUGCCUUGUCGCGUCGCGAUGCGCGGAGGAAAGCUCACGAGGUUCAGCUUGAAGAACCCACGAGCGAUCGUGCGUCCUCCGAUGAUCUCAAAAUCGGCAAGGAUGACGUCAUUGCGUCGGGUGUAGUAGCUGAGGGACUCAGAGGCUGAGUAGAAAUGAUCGCUGGUAGCACCGUAACCUCUCGUACUCGUGAGGCAUCGCACCGAGCCAAAGGG